CGCGCGCACACGCCCUUUCUGCUCGCUCUUUGCCGCUGCCACAAUCUCCGAGCCGAUUCCUGCGGAACGGGAAGCAGAACAGAGGUGAGCGGGGGAUGAGGUCCUGGAGCGGAGCCGAGCGCGGACUGCGCGCCCGGAACGCCUCCUGUGUGCAUAGGCCCUGAGCCUCUGCUGCCCACAGACAAAGAGGGCAACUGAGUCAAGCCCAGAUUCCUAGCUCAACUGCACUCCCCAAACGUCUGCCCGAUCUGAGAGAGAAAGGAAGGAAAAGAGAAACAUCGACACGAGAGAGAAGCAUGAAUUGGUUGCCUCCAGUACAUGCCCAUACCAGGAUCACACAUGCCCAUAGCAGGGAUUGAACGUGCCCAUACCAGAGGUCAAACCCACAACCUAGGGAUCCCAAGAACAUGUCCUGUUUGCCCUGAGUCUGUGGGGCAGCACAGCCUCCCACGGGCAUUUCAGAGCUGUGGCCCUGUCCAGCCCCUGGACCAGCUCCCAAGCCUUUUUCCCACCCUAGCCUGGGUCAAGCGGACUCCUCAAGCUUCGGGACUCAGUGGGGCACAGUAGCAGUCACGCGCAUGCUAGGACCACGACGGACAGGCUGCUGCUCCCUGGACCCCCAGAGGCUGAUCUGUUUGCCUCCUGGCACCAUCUGAUUCAGGUAAGCAAGAGGAUGCUGACAGGGGGCGAGAGGAGCAUGCCCAGCCCCCUCCUGGCCUGCUGGCAGCCCAUCCUCCUGCUGGUGCUGGGCUCAGUGCUGUCAGGCUCAGCCACAGGCUGCCCACCCCGCUGUGAGUGCUCCGCCCAGGACCGUGCAGUACUCUGCCACCGCAAACGUUUUGUGGCUGUGCCCGAGGGCAUCCCCACUGAGACCCGCCUGCUGGACCUGGGCAAGAACCGCAUCAAAACACUGAACCAGGAUGAGUUUGCCAGCUUCCCACACCUGGAGGAGCUGGAGCUCAAUGAAAACAUUGUGAGCACUGUGGAGCCUGGCGCCUUCAAUAACCUCUUCAACCUUCGAACACUGGGACUCCGCAGCAACCGUCUGAAGCUCAUCCCGCUAGGCGUCUUCACUGGUCUCAGUAACCUGACCAAGCUGGACAUCAGCGAGAAUAAGAUCGUCAUUCUGCUGGACUACAUGUUCCAGGAUCUGUACAACCUCAAGGCACUGGAGGUCGGUGACAACGACCUUGUCUAUAUCUCCCACCGCGCCUUCAGUGGCCUCAACAGCCUGGAGCAGCUGACACUGGAGAAAUGCAACCUGACUUCCAUCCCCACCGAAGCGCUGUCUCACCUGCACAGUCUCAUUGUCCUGAGGCUUCGGCACCUCAAUAUCAAUGCCAUCCGAGACUAUUCCUUCAAGAGGUUGUACCGGCUCAAGGUUUUGGAGAUCUCCCACUGGCCGUAUUUGGACACCAUGACACCCAACUGCCUCUAUGGUCUCAAUCUGACGUCCCUGUCCAUCACACACUGCAAUCUGACUGCUGUGCCCUACCUGGCUGUGCGCCAUCUGGUCUAUCUCCGCUUCCUCAACCUCUCCUACAACCCCAUCAGCACCAUUGAGGGCUCCAUGUUGCAUGAGCUGCUACGGCUACAGGAGAUCCAGUUGGUGGGUGGGCAGCUGGCUGUGGUGGAGCCCUAUGCUUUUCGUGGCCUCAACCACCUGCGUGUGCUCAACGUCUCUGGCAACCAGCUGACCACACUGGAGGAGUCCGCCUUCCACUCAGUGGGCAACCUAGAGACUCUCAUCCUGGACUCCAACCCGCUGGCCUGUGACUGCCGUCUCCUGUGGGUGUUCCGGCGCCGCUGGCGGCUCAACUUCAAUCGGCAGCAGCCCACGUGUGCCACACCCGAGUUCGUCCAGGGCAAGGAGUUCAAGGACUUCCCCGAUGUGCUCCUGCCCAACUACUUCACCUGCCGCCGUGCCCGCAUCCGGGACCGCAAGGCCCAACAGGUGUUUGUGGAUGAGGGCCACACGGUGCAGUUUGUGUGUCGGGCGGAUGGUGACCCGCCACCCACCAUCCUCUGGCUAUCGCCCCGCAAGCACCUGGUCUCUGCCAAGAGCAACGGGCGGCUCACGGUCUUCCCUGAUGGCACGCUGGAGGUACGCUAUGCCCAGGUGCAGGACAACGGCACAUACCUGUGCAUUGCAGCCAACGCGGGUGGCAACGACUCCAUGCCCGCUCAUCUGCAUGUGCGCAGCUACUCACCUGACUGGCCCCAUCAGCCCAACAAGACCUUCGCCUUUAUCUCCAACCAGCCGGGUGAGGGAGAGGCCAAUAGCACCCGAGCCACUGUGCCUUUCCCCUUCGACAUCAAGACCCUCAUUAUUGCCACCACCAUGGGCUUCAUCUCCUUCCUGGGCGUCGUACUUUUCUGCCUGGUGCUGCUGUUCCUCUGGAGCCGAGGCAAGGGCAACACGAAGCACAACAUCGAAAUUGAGUACGUGCCACGCAAGUCGGAUGCAGGCAUCAGCUCCACUGAUGCACCCCGCAAGUUCAACAUGAAGAUGAUAUGAGCAUGGGGGGGGGGCGCCCUCCCUAGCUCUGCGCCACGCCUCCCUGGUCCCCACUGCUGUCCUGGCCUGCCCCACUGGCCCUUACCGACUCCCCUCUCUCCACCAGGACCUCAGAAAUCCAGGCCUGGGAAACCUGAUGCACAGGGGCACACGUGGACACACUGGAGUCAGAAACUGACGGACCAACAUGCAGAAGUCAGUAAUUCAAUUUAAAAAGUUACAAACUUCUUCUGUAACUUGGGUUUCAAUAAUUAUGGAUUUUUAUGAAAACUUGAAAUAAUAAAAAGAGAAAAAAACUAUUUCUAUAGCUAGUCGGAAUGCAAACUUUUGACAUCCUGGUUGCUCCAGGGCCCUCUUCCAACUCAGUUUCUAGUUUUUCUCCUCCUCUUCCUCCUUUCUCUUCUCUUCCCCUGUGGGGAGGGAUAACUCAGGAAAACAGGAAAGGAGGUUCU